CAAUGAAGGUGCCACCAACCUCCUGUGCUGAACCCCAACAGUAUGUUACACACGUGUAUGGCUAUACCUGCCGUGCCCGAUAGGCGGUGCUUUAGGGUUAUUAUGGUAAUAGGAGCGGGGCUGGAGGGAGAUGAGUAGUGACGUCAGCACCCAGGUCGCCAGUACAGUCAAACAAACAUGGCGACAGAAUGGAGCGGGCAGCAAGGCUACAUUCUGACUCUAAUCGUUUUCCUUUGGAGUGCGGUGGGGGGACGCACCAUAACAGCCACUUCAAGUGUCCGCAGCAGCGGGAGCCAGGUGCUCGGUAUGCGGCUGGAGAGGAGCGACAAACCGGCCUCGACCACUGACGAUGGGGUCAUCCAAUUAACGGAGGAGAGCACAGUGCAGCUCCGGUUCUACGGUGUGCAGCUCAACUCGGGCACCUGGGCUCAGAUCCGCUUCACAGAACGAGGGGAUGGGAGCGAGGAUGGGGGAAACAAUAACAUUAUUGACGACACACCUAACAGCACUUGUGUUGAUUUCACAAAAGACUUCAGCAUCGCAAACUACAUGAACAUCAGUAGCCGGGGGACCACGGGGGUACUCAAAAUAAACAUUAAGCCGCUUCGUAAGAGCGAGCCGCACAAGGAGUACGGGCUGUGCAUCAGGAGUUUGGCUGAUGGUAGGUGGGCUCUGCUCGGGGAUAGCGACGGGAGACUGCGGGUGGUGGAGGGGGAAAAAACUCUCCUCCCCCUGUGGUUCCAGAUCAUCCUCAUCUGUUGUCUGUUGGUGCUGUCUGGCAUGUUCAGCGGGCUGAACCUGGGGCUCAUGGCUCUGGACCCCAUGGAGCUCCGUAUAGUCCAGAGCUGUGGCUCAGAGAAGGAGAAGAAAUACGCCCGCAAAAUUGAGCCCAUCCGCAGCAAGGGGAACUACCUUCUCUGUUCUCUGUUGCUUGGCAACGUCUUGGUCAAUACCACACUCACCAUCCUCCUGGAUGACCUGAUAGGCUCUGGGCUGGGCGCUGUGGUCGCCUCCACAGUGGGUAUUGUGAUUUUCGGUGAGAUAGUCCCCCAGGCGCUGUGUUCUCGCCACGGGCUGGCGGUGGGCGCCAACACCAUCCAGGUGACCAAGUUCUUCAUGUUGCUCACCUUCCCCCUCUCCUUCCCCGUCAGCAAGCUCCUAGACGUGCUCCUAGGCCAGGAGAUCGGCACUGUGUAUAACCGCGAGAAGCUGGUGGAGAUGCUCAGGGUGACGGAACCRUACAACGACCUGGUCAAAGAGGAGCUCAACAUGAUCCAAGGAGCUCUGGAACUCCGGAAUAAGACGGUGGAGAGCGUGAUGACACCUCUGGCCCACUGCUUCAUGAUCCAGAACGACGCGGUCCUCGACUUCAACACCAUGUCAGAGAUCAUGGAGAGCGGCUACACACGUAUCCCCGUGUUCGAUGACGAGCGCUCCAACAUCGUGGACAUCCUGUAUGUGAAGGACCUGGCGUUCGUGGACCCUGACGACUGCACCACCCUGAAGACCAUCACCAAGUUCUACAACCACCCGGUCCACUUUGUGUUCCACGACACAAGGCUGGACUCCAUGCUAGAGGAGUUCAAGAAAGGUAAAUCUCACCUGGCCAUCGUUCAGAAGGUGAACAACGAGGGGGAGGGGGAUCCCUUCUACGAGGUGCUGGGAUUGGUUACCUUGGAGGAUGUCAUCGAGGAGAUCAUCAAAUCAGAGAUACUGGACGAGUCCGAUCUUUAUACUGACAAUAGGAACAGAAAGAAGGUGGACCCUAACAAGAGAAUGCGUGACUUCUCUGCCUUUAAGCACACCGAGAACGAGUGCAGGGUGAAGAUCUCUCCUCAACUGAUGCUGGCUGCUCAUCGCUUCCUGGCUACAGAGGUGAGUCUGUUCAGUCCCAGUCAGGUCACUGAGAAGGUAUUACUGAGGAUUCUGAGGCACCCUGACGUCAUUCAGGAGAUCAAGUUCAACGACAGCGACAAGCGCUCUGCUCUGCACUACAUCUACCAGAGAGGCAAACCUGUCGACUACUUCAUACUCAUUCUGCAGGGCCGAGUGGAGGUGGAGGCUGGAAACGAGAACAUGAAGUUUGAGACAGGACCCUUCUCAUACUAUGGAGUCAUGGCACUUAGCACAGCAUCACUGGGUGAGCACACACACACACACACACGUAGUGUACUGUAUACAGUAUAUGAUCAGACAAAAGACAAGCAAUGCACACAUACAAACUGUAAAGAACCAACCACCCUAAGGGGCGGGUAA